CGUGCUGCAGCUGGCGCCGAGCUGCGACAACCUGCUGGCGCGCUGCCGCUUCAAGGGCCGAGUGGUGCCGUGCAAAGAGCUGUUCGCACCCCUGCAUUGCCGAGACGGCAUUUGCUGCGCCUUCAACUACUUCGGCCCUGGCGGGGGCCUUGAUACUCUCCCCAGGGCUCACGCCCCGGAGGAGCAGCCCGUGCGCACCAGCGCGUGCGGCUACUCCAUGGGGCUGGAGGUCCUGCUGCGCGUGCGCGCCGACGAGUACUUCGCCACCUCCUUGGCCUCGCGCGGCUUUAAGGUGCUGGUGCACGAGUCGUUCGACUUCCCCGGGGGCGCGACGCCGUCGUGGCUGCUGGCGCCGUCGCGCACGCUCUUCCUGUCGCUGGCGCCCAAGGUGAUGGCGACGACGGCGCGCGCGCUGCGCCAGGGGCUGCGCACGCGCGGCUGCGUGGCCGCCGGCGAGCUGCGCCUGCCGCACCUGCGCGCCUACACCUACCACAACUGCGCCACCGAGUGCCGCCGCAACCGCUCGCUCGCCCUGUGCGGCUGCGCGCCCGCGCACUACCCGCGCACA